AUAGCUAGGAAUAAGUCUCGCAAAGACAUUACCAAAUUUCCAAGCCCACCAAUUAGACCUCUAUAAAAUAGAGCAAAACUUCAACUUUUGUUAACAUCCAUUAAAUUAAGAAAUAGCUAGGACUACAUGGGAAUCAAAAUGUGGAACCAAAUGAUAGUGGUUGUGGGCAUGCUAAUGUGCCUUGCCUCAGCUGCAUUAGCCGAACAGGGGACUGCUACUUUCUACAAACAACCUUAUACCCCCUCAGCAUGCUUUGGACAACAAGACAACGGGGUGUUAAUUGCAGGAGCGAGUGAUCAAAUAUGGAAUGCAAGAAAAGCUUGUACAAGGUACCGCGUUAAAUGCAUAGGGGGUGCGAAUACUGCACCACACCCUUGUAAGGAUGGCACUUCCGUCGACGUUAAAAUCGUUGAUUACUGCCAGUCCUGUAAUGGAACCAUUAAUCUUUCUGAUGUGGCUUUCUCUAAAAUUGCUUCACUUGAAGCUGGUAAAAUUCGGGUUGAAUAUGAUCGAAUUUGAAGUUCCCCUGGCCUUGAUGUAAUGGUGUGAGCUUCAUGGAACUUGCAACUCUUAUUUACGUUAUUUAACUUAAGCAGGUUAUCCAAAGCUUACAUAAUAAUCAAUUUCUAUCAGUUCAGCUUUUAUCUCUUACCGAAAAUGCGUUGUUAAAAUCUUCUACUUUUUGGCGUGUAUUUUAAUUAUAAUUUCCUAAAAAUGAUACUCGAGCUGUCGAGCCGAUGACAAUAGUCAACAUACUUGUCUCCAAGUGUCUUUAUUUACAAUAAAGGAAAUCCUUUCUUUUCAA